UCAGGCCAGAGCAGAGCUUUCACUGAUUCGCACGCACAGAUUUUGAAUUCCACAGAGAGAGAGAGAGAGAGAGAGAGAGAGAGAUGGAUGAUGCAAUUGGAGUGUUAUGCAAAACACUAGCCUCGUUCUGCAACCACCUCCAAAGCAGCUGCGACGCUCUCAAGCAAUCCGUCGAACGCCGUCCCAUCCCUCUCGAUUCUGCUUCGACGACAUUCGUGCAGUGCCUGAACCGCCGAGUGUGUACCACCAGCAGCGACCUAAACUUGCUCGAGUCCAUGUCGUUCGGCACAGUAUCGUUUGAGGAGCUGUUGGGUUACUGUAAUGAGGUCUAUAAGAAGAACCAGAGUGAUCUUUCUGAGCUCGAAGACCACCUCAGGGCCUUCGGCUAUGCCCCCGAACCUGAGAUUGAUGAAAAAGAUGAGACCUCUGAUGAUUCAUGUGUGCCUCUUGGGUUAGAUUGGAAGAUGGUUGAUGCCGAUCCAUUACUGGAGGAUUCAAUGAGCCUACAGGAUCUUGGUCUCUCAGAUGUCUGUCUGGCAACUAUAGCAUCUCAAGCUCAUAGUAAGACUGAUAGCCCUGAUAUAUCUCCAGAGCUAACAAACCUUACUGACGAAAAACAAUAUGGGAUGAGGGGACAGUAUGGACCUGCUUCAAAGUUCUUGGAAGUGAUUGAAGGUAUAAUAUUGUCAGGUUUUGAUUGUUCAGGUGAGGUGGAGGAUGACCUGGAAUUAGUUGGAGUGUCCCCAUCGGUCAUAAAGAUAUCGAAGAAUGAUUAUGAAAGUCUUCCUUCAUAUAUGAAAACUCUAGCAUCAUGGGAGGAUCUGCUUGCAGCUGUCGAGAAGAUGAACUCAAGCCUUAGUCAAAGGCAAAUAGCAAAGGGACGCAACUUCAUCCACCAAGACGAACUUGCAUCAUUAGGAUUGGGGCCCAAAGUGAGGUCUUAUCUGCUAAUGCUCGUCCGCCUGAAUUGCUUAGUUGUUGAGACUAUUGACGGGCUGGUUUCAUACCGCGUACUGUAGACGAGACGCAAAAGCCGACUGGAUAGUCAAUUCAGUGAUAUACAAAACAAUUAGAAUAGUUUCCAUUGUUUGUGUCUGACAGGUGAAGCUUGCAUAACAAUGUUACAUGCAGAAUAGGUACCAGGUUUUAUUCUUUCGCAAACAGUUAGGUGUACCAUAGAUAUAGGAGAAAAUCUUAUUUACAGAGUUUUCUUGUUUGCGGAGCCUCCAUGUAUAAGAUUUAUGGAGCUCAAUCUCGGCCGUCCAUAAGUAUUUUGGAUGAUUCGGAUUAAAAACAAUUUGUUAGCGGUAAUAGAUACCCCAUAUAUUACCAGUCAAAGUUUAAAAA